CGGAGUUUCGUGAAUAUUAAUAAGAUAAGGAUGUGAACGCCAUCCGUUCAUCAUUUGGCAAAGUGGUAAGGCAUCAACGGGACUUGUUUUUGCAAAGCGCUUAAGAUGGCCUUCUGCCGUUGGGAUGAACUGGAAUCAUCCUGAAGACAUUCAAUCAAACCCAAAAAACGCCCAUUGGAAAAUCGUAAAGUUGGCUCAAGAUCAUGCAUAGGCCUACCUGCACUGCCUGACCUGAGCUCACUUGAGGAUUUUCUAAAGAGAAAGACAGAAAGGCCAUUUUUACUUGUCUACCAAGGUGAUCGGAAGGUAUUUUCUGACCAGCUGACCAACUUUCACACCCAUUCAUUCUAUCCAUCAAUCCAAACUUCCGUCCAUCUGUCCAGGCAUCCAGGAUCCAGCAGAGCCUGUGAUGUCUGUGUCAUCGCUGCCAGAAUGGAAGCAACUGCUAUUGGAGAGGAAGAGGAGGGAGGAGGAAGAGAGGGACCGCCGGGAGAGGGAGGAAGAGGAGAGGCUGCUCAGCAUGCCCGCCUGGAAACGAGGGAUCAUCCAGCGGAGGAGAGCGGCGAAGCAAGAGGGCCCGGGAGGAGAUAGAGAUGAGAAAGAGAGAGGGGACGUUGGGGACGUGGAGAGCUACAUGUUCUCACCGACCGGUGGCAGUGGUGGCACAGGUGGUGGCUGUGAUGUCAUCGCGACGGCGGAACCAGAGAGGCCUCGGAUUGAGCUUCAGCCUCUCCGGUCGUUCGGACGAGUCUACAUGGAGAACAUCGGGCCCGUGCAUCAGAACGUCUUCAUCAGGUCCCAGAACAGCGUGAGGAGAGGCAGGCUGGAUUCGGACAAGAGCGGGGACGAGCAGGAGAGGGGAGGUUCUGACGGGGAGAGAACAGGGGGCAACGUCAGGGACGAGAGGGUCCGAGGGAGGGAUGUUGAUGUCAAGGCGGAGAGGUACAGAGACAGAAGUGAGGGCAGAGAGAGAGACCGUAGCGCAGGGAGAGAGAGGGACUGGAGCCUGGGGAGGGUGGACUCGGUGAAGGGCGGUAGGGCUGGGGAGGGAGACCGGGACAACAUGAGGAUAGCCAAGGACACGCAGAGAGAAGCAGACUUCACCCAUCACAUGCCAGGCCUACGCACCAUCAAAGCUGAGAACAUCAUCAUCAUCGAGAAAGACAGGAGAGGCAACGGGAGCGAACGGGAGGAGAACGACAGGGAAAAACUCAUCGUGGAGAGGGAGAGGGAGGUGGUGGAGACGGAGGAUGAGGAGAAAGAAGACGGAGAGAGAGGGGGGAAGGGGAUGAGGAUGGACCUGAGGGAGAUACUAGCAGGAGCCGGAUGUGUGACCGAAAUCAGAGCCACGGAGGUCCUGAUCAUCAAGCCAGGCACGGACGACAAGGGCUCGACAGGGGAAGGAGGAGGAGGACAGGAGGUGGCGAUGAGACACAGGAGGAGCUCCAGCGAGGAUAAUCUGACAGACUCGGACAGGGAUAGAGGCACCUCGGACAGUGACCGUGAGAGGAACAAGGAGCGACUAAGGAACAGACACACGCAGGACCAGGAGCAGCACUGGUCAGAGGUGAAAGAGCCCACAAUUUGGCUGAGACUCCCAGAGAAAGAGUUAAGCAGUAGCCGUAGUAGCAGCAACCGAAGCAGCACGGACGGUGGAGGCAGCAGUGGUGGUGGUGGUGGCGGUGGCGGUGGUGGAAGGGUCAGCCAGCUUCUUAGUAAGUUUGGAGAGCGUCCCAAGCCUCCGUCCAGGUCCAAGAGCUCAGAGUGCUUCGUGAGGCCAAGCAGGGGGAGAGGCGAGAGGAGCGGGACAGAGGGCAGCAGCGAUGACCUCAGCCCAGGCGAGGAGGCCAUCGCAGAGGGCAAGAGUUUCAGAGCGCCUGGGGGGUUCCCCAAACGCUCCAGGAGCUUCUCGCACCGCAUCAUAUGCGCCAGGGAGAACGGCCUGCUCGGAGUCCCUGGUUACCAUGACGGCGAAAAGCCCAUGGAGAGGAAGUGGUCGGACGACGGGAGAGGUGGGGAGUACUCGGAGAGAGGCAGCAAGCCCAAAGUGCUGCUGAGGUGGAAGCAUGGAGAUAAAAAGACAAAUAAUCCAGCAGAUACAUUUGAGCGAUCAGAAUCAGUCAAGAAGAAGGCAGUGAACGACAUGGCUAACAGAGACAAGGCCGAAGUGCCCAGGCAGGGUUCUAUUGGGUCAGUGCCGGCAAUUAUGAUGACCCAAGAUGACGGCUUUACCAUGGCCUCUGUGAAGAACGUAGAGGGCAUAGGCUUCGCUCGCAAGGUGUCCAUCAGACAGGAAGGAAAAGAGAGAGCUGCCGCAGAGAGAGAAACAAAAAUAAACGAAAAGGAGGCUAACAGGGCAAGUGAGAAGCAAGCAGCAGAGCAAGAACAGCAGGGCACAGACAUAGACGCGGCGGAGAGGCAGUUGGAGAGAGAGAAGAUGAUCCGGAGGGAGAAAGAGUGGGAACGACAGAUAGAACUGCAGAUCGAGGAGAAGAAGCAAAGGAACCUGUGGCGAGGGGAGGCAGACUCCAAGCCAUUGCUGUGUAUGUGCGUCCAGUCCUCCGAGAUAGCCAAUCAGCUUUACUCCCCAAACAGUCCCUCCAGUAUUGUCUCUGCCGCCGUGGACUUUUUCGAUUUCAACCGUAGCCCCACAGUAAAGGAUGUGGGCUUCAGCUUUGACCGGCCAGAAAGGGACUGCGCUGGUGAAACGCAAGAGCGUCCUCAGGCCCAGGCGGUUCUCUCCCAACACACCGAAGCCCUCAUCUCCAAAAUUGGCAGCGUGAGGGAGAAGAGAACGGAGCGAGAGGGUCGCAGACUGACCCAGACGUGCAUGUACGUUGAAACCAACAUGAAUGACGUCCAAGAUGGAGGAGCGACAAAAAGAAGUGCCAUCAGCAGCAUUCAGCCUUCCCGGAACAGCUAUGCAGGCGGCAGCAGCCCACAGUACAAGGAUGAGCCUGUGGCAGCACCCAAGUCACCGCUCAAAUCCCCCAAGCGGUGUGUCUCGGUGGGCCAGUCCACAGACCCGGAGGACAUCCCGAUCCCCAGAACGGUGUUCUUCGGCGUGGACAUGGCCCUGUCGGAGAGGCCGAUGAGAGCCCGCAUCCCCAGCACCGACGGCCCAGAGGAUGAAGGAGGUGGAGGAGGCGUGGAGAGGAGCGACAGCUAUCGCGCCGGACGACCCUUAACCCGCAUCGAGUCCCUGAGGGAGAAGAUCAAACAACACGAGCUGGAGAGGCAGAGGAUCAGCAGGGGUGUGGAGGCCAAAGAGUCGGGAGGUGAGGCAGAUACAGAUACAGAUACAAUAACCUGGAUCAGUAGCAGCAGCACCACCACCGAUGGAGGAGGAGUGAAUCAGGAUAAAUGGAGGGAUCUGGCCCACGAGAGAGCAAUGGAGGAGAGGAGGAAGAUGGGCUGGAGCAUGGAGGACAUGGAGGAGAUGGGAGGAGGAAGUGAGAGCGCGUCGACCAUGACGACGGUGUCCGCGGUAACACCAGCAGCAGCAGCACAACAGUGGAGACAGGAAGAGCCUUCUGUGUUUGACGACGCACAGGAAGUCAGCGCGUCGACGAGAGCCAACCCUCAACUUCCUGUUCCUCACUCGGCGCUCGGCACGCUCUCACAAUCACUGGUCGCGGAGGAAACACAACACGACAGCAGCGGCAGCAGUAGAGGCGGAGGCGGCAGCAGGUCCAUCUACAUCGAGACGUCUGUGGAGCUCUUCUCGGACCACGGCUCGGAGGACGUGGAGGUGGAACAGCUGACCCAGCAGCAGCAACAUGUGGAUCAGCUGACAGGUGCGGUCGGACUGCAGGCUUGGAGGCACCAGAACCUCGCAGGAGGAGGACAGGACAGACCCACCAGGGCCGUCGGAGGAGGAGAAGAGCUUGAGGAAGGAGAAGGAGAAGAAGAAGAAGAAGACGUAGACGACAGAGGGGACUGCCACGACGAAAACUACCUCCCGCCGUCUCACACCUCCUCCUCCUCGCCUGCCAGCUCGCGGUCCCGCUCUCCCUCCCCUCUGCUGCCCUUGGCAGACAUGAGCCGCAUAUACAACCUGAAGGCGGUGGGCUCCAGAGCAGGGAUGUGCAUCAGCGAGAGGCCUGCCGUGGAGGUGGUAUCACACAAGCCUGUGGGCCGGGACGACUACAGAGGCUUUCAUCAAAAAGCCACACAGGAGUCGACGCAGGAUGUGCAGGGGGACCGUGAGAAGCAGCAGCCCCAUCCGUGGGAGCUCAGUGACGAGCCUCUGAGUGUCACGUCCGUGCAGCGGCAGGUGGAACAACUUCGCUUGCGAGAGCAGCAGGAAGCCAGGAGGCAGAGUGCAGCGGUCUCCGAGCAACAGCAACAGCAGUUCGAGAAGAGCGACAGCAAGAGGAGCCAGCUGCACCACCACACUGACAGGACGUCGUCGCCGAGAGACCGGGCGUCGCCCACUGGUCCCAGAACCCCCCCAGCGGCCCACCGCAGCUCGGCCCAGACGACGAGAACCUUCCCCCCCAGCCCACGGUUGCCGGAGAAUGCCAGGAAACAGCUGGUGCGGCCGACCGCCUCUGUACCACCCUCCACCCCCUCCCCCUCCACCCUCUCGCCCGUCACGUCUCGCACCCCAUCCCCGUCCCAGUCCCAGUCCCCCUCGCCGUCCGCUUCCCCGUGCCUGUCUCCUUCCCCGUCCCCUUCCCCACCUGUUAUAUCCAUCAGGAGUGCUGCGUCCGGACCGGGGAAGAGGGGCACCACCAUCACCAUCACCCCCAGGAAAUCUUCACCGGUAUUGGGCACAGCAGCUGCAGCAGUGGCCCCUUCUGCUGGUUCUGGAUCUCCAGUGUCCUCCAGGCAGGCAGACCCGGGCCAGGCUCAAGCCCAGGGAGACGCCAACGGCACUGGGGAGGGGGGCAAGAAGAGGUACCCCACGGCGGAGGAGAUCCAGGUGAUCGGGGGCUAUCAGAACCUGGAGAAGUCCUGCCUGGUCAAGAGCAGAGGCACUGCGAACAAAGGGGUGAAGGUGUGUUUCGACGACUCUCAGCUGGAGCGAGUGUGUGAGUACCCCUCUGAGAGCUCUCUGUUGGCCUCCCUCCCCCCCUCCCCUAGGCUGGGCAACCCCGCGGACAGGGGAAGGGGGGAGGAAGAGGAGAAGGAGAGGGAGAGGAGGGGGAGAGGGCAAAAGCAGCAGAAGGAGGAAGAUGAGGAUGAGGAUGACGAGGAGAGUGUCCUCGGACGGAACGUUGGCUCCGCGAGGGCUCGAGUGCUAAGAGUUGAUGAAUCCUGCAAACGGUGAACACCAGUGACCUCCGAGAACUCUGGACUCGACUAGAUUCAGAAAGCUGAUGGAUCCCGUUUGAGGUUGCCGUCGCACAGUGCUAAAAUGUUUUGUCUCUCUGUUUAUGUGUUGUUUGUGUACUGUAUACUUAUUGGUGUGCUUGAUGUUCAUGUGUAUGGUUGUGUUUUGUUAUAAGAGGAAUAUAAUUUUGUAAAUGUAAAGGGCGUAAAAUGGUACAAUGUUAGAGAAAAGGUUGGAUGGUGUGAGUUGGACAAAGUUUACAUGUCAGAUGGAUGGCUAGAUUAUUUUUGUAUAUUUUUGUUUAUGUGUUGAUUGCAUUUAACUCAGAACUUGCAGAACAGACAGUUUGGCUAUAAUCAUUUCCAAAAUGCAAUGCAGGCAAAGAGAUUGAAAACAUGAACAAGAAAACGAGAAAAUAAAUGUGUGCGGUGUGCACAUCCUUAAACUGAGACGUCAGCUGAAACUGCUUCUGAUUUUUAAAGCACCGAAAGUCUCAAUGCACCUUGACUAUUAUGUGACCAUUCUUAACUGUUUUGCAAUGAAUGAAAAACCAUGUAUAGUUUCCACAUAGAAAAUAAUGUAUUUUCCAGAAUGAACAUGGAUUUUCUAAUAUCACAACAGCUUGACUUUUCACAAUGAGAGAUGGAAUUGAAUUAAACUAUUGACUUGGUCAUUAUUUGUGGCACAGUACAUUUUAUGAAUCAUACAAAAAUACAUAUCCAUGUACUUGACAGGGUUUAGGUACCCCUAGGAAAAUGUUGAAUAACUCAUGGAGUGCUGUUUCCAACGUUUAUUUGUAAAGGAAGAAUUUGUAAAUGUAUCCAUGUUGUUGUAAGUACAAAGGUGAUACAUUUAAAGAAAGAAAUGGACUGAAAUGUAUGUUCUUUAUGAAUAGGCUACUUUGCAUUUCUGAUUCCUUUUUUAAUGUGUUUGAAGAAGCUGGCUUCAAAAUGUACAUGUAAAUAAACUACUAUUCAUGAAAUUGCA